CCUCCCUUAGAUCUGGAAACUUCUCGAAGUCAACAUUGUGUAACGAACACAUUGCAAUCGUCUUUUCCUCCUGUUUACCCCAAAAGACCGGCUCCAGACAAUCACGUUUCUCACAUCUUUUCCUUCCAACACACAUCUUUCUCGACAUACACACACUACACUCUCUCUAUCGCACGCUCUCUCACUCAUUUUUGUAUAUGCAUAUGGUGUGUACAUCGUCUUUCUCUUCGUAUAUCUUAUAUAUACACUCCUUAUAAUAUAUACACACAUCUAUUGUGUUUUAUAUUAUAUUUAUAUACACACACACACACACUCAUUUAUGUACCAUAUACUUUUGUCUGUUGUCUGAUCCGGUACAAGAUCUCUCUCGUAAGAUAUAUUUACAUAUACACACCUCUGUCUGUUUGUCUGUCUCUCCAUACAUACAUACAUACAUGAACACGCUUUUUACAACCGGUAUCUAACAACAAUUCUCUAAUCCGAUCACAUCCCUUGGCACGCUUAUGUCCAUCAUUGUAUCCAUCCGGUUGUAGAAACCUCAACACACACCUUUCUGUUUCUCGCUUACAAACACACACACACAUCUAUAUAUAUAUUUAUACAUAUAUACACAGUUGACAAUGCCGAAAUGUUAUAACAGGACAUGUGGCCAGGAUUUCGAUCCUGCUUCUAAUUCUGAUGAUGCCUGUCUCUAUCAUCCUGGUGAACCAAUAUUCCAUGAAGGGAUUAAGAAAUGGUCCUGUUGUAACAAGUCAAGUGUGGAUUUCACCGUUUUCCUUGACUUCCCAGGAUGCACCAGAGGCAGACACAACUCGACCCCUCUCCCGAAACCAGAAACACCUAAAAUUGAGGAGAAAGAAGUUACCAUCCCAAAGAGCAUUGUUCCAGUAGAACGGCCUUCUCUAGAUGAACCCACCAUACCGUUAAAGAUGAUUGUCAGAGACAGUUUGAACCAAUGUCUGCAGAAGAGAAUGGAAGAACUCAAUUUACAGCAAAAUGAAACUGACGAGACUUCUGAGAUUGUUGUCGGAACUCCUUGUGCCAAUGCCUGCUGUGGGAAGGUUUAUGAGGGGGAAAGUUCCAAUAAGGAGAACUGUAAAUACCAUUCUGGGACUGCUGUAUUCCAUGAAGGAAUGAAAUAUUGGUCCUGCUGUGAAAUUAAAACAACAGAUUUCUCAUCUUUCCUCAACCAACCAGGAUGCAAAACUGGCAAACAUUUGUGGAAGAAGAAAACGGUUGAUGGCAAGGCCUGCCGUUUUGACUGGCACCAGACUGGCUCCACUGUUACACUGACCAUUUAUGCCAAGUUAGUUGUACCAAAAGAAUCUUAUGUUGUGGUCAAUCAAGUUACGUGUGACAUCUACCUCAAGUACGAUGCCGGAAAGUUUGCAUUUGAGAAGAAGCUAGUCUUGUGUGGUGUAAGUACACUUUCUCUUUGUUUCUCUUUUGCAUGCAGUUGUUCUAUCAUUGACCUGUAA